AUGGAGCCUGCACCGGCGUCCUAUUACGGACCCCUGGAUAAAAACAAUCCAGUUUUAUCAACUUUUCAAAGUGACCUUAAAGAGAUCAAAGCUUAUAUAAAGAAACUUUUAGGGUCUCCAAACGUGGACCACCGGUCCUACUCCAGAGGGUCCAUAAAGCUGUUUGAAACAUGGAACAAAUAUAAAUCUCGCCUCCCUACACCUUAUUUUGAAGAGCAUCUGAUGAAAAUAGCAGAUUUCCUCUUUGCCAAUAAGCUUUACAGACUUGCUCUCUGGCAAGGCUACAGACUCUAUCUGCAGCAGUUUUCCACUAUAAGCUUGGAGAGCAUAGAAGAUGUGGAACAUUUCAAGCAGACUUACUUUUCGGAUGGUCUUGAUACAAAGAGAGCUCCACUUACGCUUCGAGCUCUUCAGGGAGAAUGUCAAUGCAUCUUCCAUUUGGAGAGAGAGAAAGGCGAACUGCCAGACAGCAGUGGUGUCCAGAGGAUGCUGAGCAUCCUGGGAUUUCUGCGGAUUCUGAUGCAGGCUGUUCUGCCCUAUGAAAGCCUAUGCUGGAUAUUGUACAAUGGAUCAUUGCACAUCUACAACAUAUGCAGAUUCCUGAUGUCUGUGGGUCAUGCAACAGAGGUUUUAGAGUACUUACUAUGGGCUUGUACAUGCCUCGAGACCUCUAUUCCUUUGCUGAAUCCCAGCUUCCUGUCAUGGAGGGCCACACUGUAUUGUGCAGUGUGUGAAUGUUAUUUUUAUGACCAGGCGGCAGUUCGAGCAGAGGUUUUUGCACGAAGAGCUCUCGGCAAGAUAAGUGAACUGAUCGAGCUGGAGGAGAUGACUGGCUCUCCGAUGCCAUCUGAGACCCAACAAGCUUAUAAAGAGACCUCUAUAAAACUUGCCGUGAUAGUGUUUAAGCGUGCAGUGUACGAGCACCGCAGGAAACCAAAAGGUCUCUUCAGACCCAAACAGAGGGCAACUUUAAAAGAGCUACAGCAAGGUCCAUGGCCUCGCACACCUACUGAGCGUAUGCUGAUGGAAAUGUUUGACGGUAAUGCUGCUCAGUUCCUGGCCGUGCUGGAAGCUUUAUAUGACAGCUCUGUCAGGCCUCUUCAGACCGGCAUGCCUGAAGAAUUUGAGGUCCAGGAAGUGGUGAUGGAGCUCAUAUCAGCUGGCAUUACCUUACUGACUGGUUUUGGUUCCCAACACAUUUUUGAUGUGAGUUUACCUUCCUCUUUGAAUGCAGUCACCUCUGCUGCCACUCUAAAUGAGAUGGCUGUAGCUGGUGAUAGUAAGAUCUCAGUAGACGCUGCGGUGAAGUUUGUGAAGCAGCUCUUCAGAUAUGAACAGUGGAGCAUGUUUGGCUCACUCGCUGCUGCCCUUAUGUCUACACUCCACAACAUAGAAUGUCGCCUGUACAGGAAAUACGAGCAGGAACUGACGCUUUUAAAAGCUGUGGAAUGUUUGAUCUCCAGUCAGCGAGUUAAAUUUGUAAUGAAAGAUGCUGGUCAAGCUGAUAAAGACAGGAAUACUGGGUCUGCAACCAUGACAGAACAAUUCUUCAAUGUCAUUCAGACACUUCACGCUUGUGUCUGCAGGGCAGACAAGGAUAUCCAGCCGGAUGCUGAUUUGGUGCUGGACAUCGUACUGUUCUUUUGGGCUAAAUGCAAAACGGUAUUUCAAAGAGCACAGAUGAGGCACGAUGUACGUUACCUGGAAAAGAUGGACAACCAUGACCAGUGGGUGGAGACCCUUUGCCUGCUGUGUGAAGUGGCUCAUGAGCACCAGCUGGCUGAAAUAGACUUUAUAUCAGUGGCUGAAAUGACUCUGAGACUGGCCAUGGUGCUGGAAAGCCUUGCGGAUGCCCUGCCACGGUCAGGAAGGAAAACAGAUGGCGGUGAAGAAUCCACCCCUAUUGGAAAACCUGAAAGCACACUUUAUAUGAGGUCCAGAGUAGAGCAACUGCAGACUGCAUUGGAUUUGGCGAAGCGAGGUGUGGAGUGUGUGUCCAGGUGUAGGGCCAGGUUAUCCAGUGGGGGUUCUGCGGUCUUUGAUGAGGUGUUUAUGCAGAAGUUCCAGAUUCAGAGAGAUCCAGAGGACAGUAGUACACCUGACCUUACUGUCCUUGCCACGGACUUACAUCUGGAGCUGCUGGUUUUCCAACACAGGCUUUCCCUAAAGCUAUGUGACACCUGUCCAGAUACAAGUUUGAUGGAAGUUGAGACCCCAGAAACAAACAGACUCACAGAAGAGUCUGCGGUAGUUGAAAAAAUCAAGAAGAACAAAAUCUCAAAAUGCGUUUUCCUGACUCAGAAGGCCUUAGUGACCUUCAGGAAGGACCAGACUAACAAAGAAACCAAGAAAAUACUUGAGGAAGCCAUUACACUGAUGGAAAGAGCAGAGCUGGAGGAGAGAAAGCUGGUUAGUUCUUCAUCUCCUCCAGAGAGCGGUUUAGGAGCGGUGGAGAAGAAACAACCUCCACCAGCCCCAAUACUCCUCUCACGCUCCCACCUUUCCAUGACCUUCACACCAGCACCGUAUGCACUUGAGGAGGAGGUUUGCUGGUAUUGUAUUUAUGGAAAAGAGGCGGAGGGGGUCAACCUAAAAGUGCGUUUUAAAGACUGCCAUCUGCGUGGGACUGGAGAAAUGAUUCCUGCCCGAAGUAACCGGCUACUUCAAGUAAGCUGUUUGGAGACAAAUCAAAAGUAUAUUUUUGCUGUGGCUGCUUUUGAUGCUCAGGGAAGGAUGUUGGGUAGUGGUAUUGGAGAGACCACUAGGCCUCUGUUGGCAUAUUUGCCUCUGUCCCUGCUUACAACCUGGGCCCACAUUGCACAGGUGUCAUAUCAAACAGGACUCCACACCCUCGCCAAAAGAGCUUGUAAAGAACUUUGGAACCACUUUACCUUUCCAGCAAGCCUAGAUCCUGAGGGCCCGAAGCCAGAACAAGGAGCCUGUCUUGAAGGACUGGCUCAGACAAGGCUCCGCCCAGCAACCGUACAGAUCUCAUCUCCCAUCCUGCAUCAGCUUUUUCUUUCCACCAUUUUUAUCCAGACUGAUAUUCACAUUCAGGAGGGGGCGCUAUACUGUGACCACCUUAGUGAUGGGGGGCCUUUAAUAUGGGGCCAGGAGGCCAGGCUUGCAGAGUGUGAACGGAUGCUGGUGGCCAUAGAUUUUUCUCUGAACAUCAAUGACAGUAGUAACACCCUGCAAGCUGUAGUGAACUGUUACGGCCUUCUCGCUCCAUUAAUCUACCAUCAGAUCCCAUCAGAGCUUGUCAUAGAGGUUCUGCUCAAGUGCUUCACAGUCCUCCUGGAGAUCCCAGAACUGUUCAAGCAGAAACGUCCAGCGACCACAGCAGAGUCCCUCCUGCACAUGGUUGCCUGUAUGAUGUACUAUUUAGCCAAGAGCCUGAACUUUACUCAGGAGACUCGUAUGGCAUCUUCUGUGAUAGAGUUGGGAAAGAAACUGCUUCAGGAGAUCACUGAACCGUCACUUGCACCCCCCAGAAAAACACCAUCCGCACAGAAGAAGAUUGAGGAGCUACAUGAACACAUUAAGGCUUUAAAUGGCAUUGUUGUGAAAACCAUGCAAGCAGGAGACUAUGAUGUCACUUCCUGUAACAAAACAGCAUCUCAUGGUCAUGUCCUCACAGGACAGGAAGACCCAGUUGUACUCUACAAAGAGAUUGAAAACAAGCCCCUCCAGAACGCCUUCCAAGAGGUGAUGAAAUUCAAGCAAAGGUCUUGUUUUCUGGAGUUUGUGUUAUGCUUACUCCAUAAAGCCCUUCAAGAAGAUGAGCUAGAUUUGGUUAUUCAGUGGGAGCAAAACAUCUUGGAUUGGCUCAGCAGACGCGAUGAGGCUCUAUUAGCACUAAAAAACCAUCACAGCCAGGCAGGGGAAGAGUUUAAGGAGUUCACAACAUCUGUGAUCGAGUACAACACCAAGAAACAAGGUAACAUCUUUUUGGGUGGCAAAAAGUUGCGACGGAAGAAACUGUUGAGUGCAUUCGAAUGCCAAAACUCUGAAAGGGAGAUCAAAGCGGUGGACAUUUUGCUAAAUCAACUAGCUGCAUUUAUCAGAAGACACCAACAUGCCGGGAAGCUAAGGAAGAUCCGCUCAGAGGAUUCACUUUGGCGUUGUCACAUCAACUUAAGCCUGGCGUGUGCAUACCUUAGUCUGUUGAGGAGGAACCUUGGACCACCUCCUCAGCUUUGUUUCAGUCAUCUGCCGCUGUCAUUCUUCUCUCUGGCCCACUGUGGAACGAUGGUGAUGUGGAAGAACGUUCCACAGCACAUCAGGACACCUGAACUUCCACCUACCAAAGCAGUGUCCCAUCCUGGAUGUGUGAGGCACAAGGUUAAGAAUACUAACUAUGGAGCAUCAAACACCAGUGAUGAGGAAAGUGAAACAGAAAGCGAAAUGCCCUCAAAGGUCCAGUGCACCCACAACCCUGAAAGCAAUGAGCUACAUUCGGUCAAUGGCCCUCCUGAAGGUCAAAUCACAUUUCAGUUACUGGAAACGCUCAAUAAAGCCUCUAUAAACAUCCGCAGAGCCAUGGUGUUGGCACAUCGCUGGGGACAAUGGACGACCUUACAAUGGGCCUGUCGGAUUCUGUGGGACCAGUCCAGCACAUUGGUCCUGAUGCUGGAGCGACUACACAGCCCUGAUGUCCAUAACAGACAGCUGACAAUGGAGCAGUUAUACACAGUCAUAACUCCUCUUCUGGUGUUGGCCACAGAUCUUCUCAUGGACAUGAUGGAGAAACUGAAGUUGUGGAACGUUUAUGAUACAGAGGAGGAGGAGCUAGAGGCCAGUCUGUACUUCUCUGCCCCGAUGGAUGAUGGGACAGUGGUAGAUCUGCGCUGGCUGAGAACUUUAGUGCUACACACACUAGAGCUUUUGUACUACCAGGCCAAGUGGGAGAAUCUUGCUCAUCUUGCUCUACUUUACAACACAUACACAAGGGAGCGUUACUCUCACAUUGUAACGCCUCUCCUGGUGCAUGCACAGAGGAGGCUGUUGGACAGGAUCAGUUACUUUGGGGGACCUCCAGACCCCCAGCCUCACUUCACCCACACUGAGACGAACAAUGGAAAAAAGGUGACCUGCAGGACCUAUGCAGGUGAACAGUUGCGGUUUCCUCGUGGAAAAGACCGGUUGAUCAGAAACGAUUUCCUGACAGAGUCUAAGGAACUUGCAGAUGCGAGAACAGCCAUGUGUCUGGUGUGUGUACCUCUGGAUGUUGAUGACACACUGAAUUGUUUCAGAGAGACUCUGGAGAGACGUCGUCACGCACUGUUGACCUUCCAGCACAGCCGAACUCUUCUUCACCUACUGCUGGCGGAUACCCAGCACCCGUACGUUGAGGUGCCGUUCUCCAAGGAACCCAGUGGUGUUCUUCAAUGCAAAGUGGAGUUCAACUUGGCAGCCAGCACUCCUGCAGGCAUCAGUCCUUUAGACCUUUCAGAUGAGGAUUACAGCACUCUGGGCUCCAUCUACAGCACCACCCUGCCUCCAUCCCAGAUUCAGACCAUCCUGUCCUCCUACAACAAUGCCAUUAAAUAUCUUCAAGCAAAUAAAUACAACUCCCUGCAUGUUCAAGCACUCCAUGACCUUGGAAACCUGCAUUUUUAUAAAGGAAAUCGAAAAUCGGCACAUUCUUUCUGGUGUAAAGCCCUAGACUGUGCUCUCCAGAGCUCUGGAGUUCUGCAUUCUUGGGAUGGUGACUCGUGGGACAGCAACACUUCUCAGGAAACCCUGCGGCAUGCUGGGAUAUGGGGGUGUCUUCAGGGAGCAUUGCUUUCAGCCAAGAUUGCACAGCACAUCCUGACCUCCAACAUCAACCAGCGUACAAAAUGCUGUCUUCUCUCUACCAAACUCUUCAAGUGUCUACUGAUGGCCUCUAUGCCCCAUCCGAUGACGGACCUGGCAUACUCCACUUACUUUGUGGAGACAGAAUUGAUUCCAGGGAUUGAUCUCUUCUCUGAGCCGGAUCGAGGGAAUCUUGGAACUACCGUUGCCAGUUUGUCUUUUCUCUGCCAUUGGUUGUAUAACUCAGGGCACUUUCUGAAGGCUCUUCCUAUGCUGACUGUUUUUCUGUAUAUUGCCAAAACACUGUGCCGUGAUCUACACCUCACUGUCACAUGCAGAAUACUAAAGAUAAAGGUCCUGACAGAACUGAGGAUGUUCAGUCAGGCGGUAGAAGAGCUAAAUAGUCUCACAUUUGCUGAAGAAAUUCCCCUGCAUCAUGGUGGCAACCAUAGAGGAACAGGGGAACCUUCUAGGUCAACAAAAAGAUUUAUCGAAGAAGAGCCUCUGUUGGAUCCCUCUAACCUUCAGGUUCUUGAGGACGUGAUUAACAAGAGUCCAAGUGGAGACAUCAUGGCUCUUUAUGGCUCUAAAAUGACCAGGCGGCUCCUGAUGACCAGAGUUCAUUUGAUUUUAGCUAUAUGUAGCACUAUACAUGACUUGCCUGAGCCACCAACACCAGACCCAUCAGAGAAAACUGAAACUGAGGAGAAAAGCUCAGAGAUCUGCCUGUCCGAUGUCCCCAGCGGUGAUGCGGUGGAUUGCAAUACACCACCUAACAAUAUCCAAAAGCCCAGGGGUCUCCAAUUUAAUGCCCAGAAGGACAAACUUACGUUAGGAAAACUCAAGGCCAUACUCCUAAAAGAAGCACAUGCUCUGGUUAGUCCCGAGAUCUUUGCUUCGCAGCAACUGAACACUGAUCCGGAAGAACUGGAGCUCGCAGUGGAUAUCAGACUCUCGAUGUCCAGUAUCAACCAGCAGCAGGGCAGAAUGGCUGCCAGUGCAGAUCUGGCAGUGUCUUCUAUGAAUCUUCUCCAGAGGUCGCCUGUGUUUCAAAGUGAUUUCCGCCCGCUGCCUCCUCCCAGACCCCCUUCCUCUUCCCUCAGACGAUCCAGAUCUAAAGUACACCAGAUCAGUUCACAAGAGCCAAAGUCUAUUCCUAGUCUCCAGAUGGGAGAUGUUCCAGCAUGGGUGGAAGCGAGAGAACGCAUGGAUCGCCUCUUCUGGUUGCGAUGCAGGCUGGCGGUGGUCUGCUCGCUUGUAGGCCAUAUUCCUGGAACAUCCAUCUACGCUGGUGUCGACAGCAGUGCAGAAGCAUUCAGGGUGCUGCAAGAAGGUCUGGAAGAGGCUGACGCCUGGGGAGAUCCGGACACUAAAGCUCUGCUGCUCCUUCAGGGCGUCCAAAUGAACACACACUGUGGAAAAGCCAGAGAGGACAGUACAUCCAUGCUACAAGAGACUGUAAGUUUGCUGUCUGGGCGCAUCGCUCUGUCUCAGCGCUCUCAAAUGGCUCUGGCUGAGGCUGCGUUGCUACUUAGUGAUCUGAGAGGAACAGGAAGUCAGACUCUUCACCGGCUCACACAGAAACUACUACAGCAACAGCUCUCUGCCCUUGGAGAGUCCUUAAAUCUCAAAAAAGGAGGUGAGGUGGAAUUUCAGUCGGAAUGCCCGAAGAACAUUUAUCUUCUGCAGAUACCCCUGCUGGCCAAGACAACCAUGCGGAUGGGUCAUUCUUUGGCAUGGCAGGCUCUGUCAGGUUGUUCAGAAGGAGGUGAGGAGCCCUGGAUGCCCUUGGUAGCUGCACAAGACGUUCUGCAGUCUGCAUUAAACAUCUCACAGGCUUCUGCCCACAGAGACCUCCAGAGGGAGGCUGAUAUCCUCUACUGCACAGGAUGGCUGGGUAGUAGACGUCUUAUUUCGAUGCAAAAAAACGAUCCCAAGAAAAUCCUAGAGGCCUUUUUGCAGUGCGUCUUAUUUCACCAUAGUCAUAGCCACAACCUGUUGCUAAUACAUAGGUGCUACCUUGAAAUGGCGUUGGUCUGCUUGCAGCAAUGGGAGCAGGUAUCCCCACCCCUUGUACAUCUGGCCCGUCCCCCUUCCUCAACACCUGAAGAAACCAGCAAGGAAACAGUUGGAGAGAACUAUCUACUGCUCUUCUGGGUUUGUUUGAGGAUCGCUUUAAAGACAUCAGAAGCUAUUGGCAGAUGUCACAGAUUUCAUGGUUUCAAUGAAGAUGCUGAGGGCCACUUGUCCCCUUCUACAAUAAAAGCCCUACCUGGUUUUGCGCUAAAUGAUCUCCUGCAUCCCUGCGGUGGGCUGGAAAACCAUGGCAAUCUUAUCCUCAGCUCUGACGCAUUUGUGGACACUAAGCAUGAGCUGACCUGGAUGCAAAUGUCCCGCUACUACACACACCUGCUCAACCUACUACAGCUCUCCUCACGACCAGGAGCCAUGAAGGGUGCUGGUGGGCUGACAUCUGUGGCUGGGGAUUGUAAUCUUGCUCUGAGACUUUCACAAUUACACAGCUUCUUCAGCUGUCACUUGCCAUCUUACAGAGAGCAGUGGACCGUUCCUGACCCUCCUGUUGCUCUAAUACUUGAGCCCCAGCUUAUACAGGAAGGUGAACCAGAUCUAUAUUCCUGGGCUAGCACUGACGCCCAGGAACUUUGCAUCCAGUGGCACGGGCCCAUCUUUGAGGAGAACACGAUUCUGCUUGUCUUUGCGGUGAAUAAUGCUCCUCUAUCAGCGAUGAGUCCUAGUGCAGAGGUCAUGGCUGGACUGCAGGCUGGACAGAGCCUGGUCUGUUUGGACAGACUAAAGGCUGUUCAUGCGUUACUUGGCUCACUGUGCGCAGAGAUGGAUGGAAAUGUUUCACCCAUCACCAGUUCAACCUCACCCAUUAGCCCACAAGAAGAACGGAAGAGCAGAACAUCCACCUCCACACCUUCCAGACAGGAGAUGCUUUUGGAGAAGACCACACGUGUCUGCACCGAGAUCAGGGAUUUACUGAAACCUGAUUUUAACUCAACACCCAUCACAGAGUUGCCCUUUGACCCAAGCAUGCAGACUCUUCAUGACCUGGAACACUGCUUUAAUCCCUUAAUAGGGAGCACACUGCGAGACACUGGCUUCAUUAACUGGUUACUCUCUCUUUUGAGUUAAAAACCCUCAAAA